AGAGCCGCCAUUUCAAAACCUCCGCCACUCUGUCUCAGCUCAGCUACUUGAUUUUAGAUUCAGUAAGCUUGUAAACGAGAGGGUGAGAUUUUAGAGAGGAAGAGGACCAAAAAUGAUCGGAAAAUGGUAAACGAGAACGAAAACUGUGGUCUGGACGGAGUUCCCGACAGAGAUAAUCUAAACCCUAAUUGUUCAAUGAGUUUGUGAUGGUGCAAGUUUGAGAAUAUGUUGUAUCUAACUCCAGCUUAACAUAAAUUUUCUCUGAGAAAAUGUCUCUUAGAUACCGACAUUUGAGACAAAUUUCAGUGCUGUUGUCUCGGAUUUUCCCAGGUAAUCAUUUACAGCAAUCUAAAGAAGUCAUAAACUUUUGCUCAGCUUCCUUUUUUAUCCCAGUGCAUCACUCAGACGAUUAUAAAAUUAGUGAUUGGAGGAUUCUGGAUAAAGGGUUUCAUUCUCAGAGUUACUUUCAGGUACCAGCAAUAUCACAAGUGACAAAUGAGUCUACUCUGCAUGUUGAUGAUAUAUUGUCUGUCAUCCAGUCCACUUUUUGUGAGCUUCAAGGCCCAGAUCAUUGUUGGUUAAAUAGAGUUGAAGGAGAAAAAGAUUGCUUCAAGGAAGAUGGAACCUUUUUGGUUCUUGCUGGACAAUUCUUUGAGAAUUCUCAAAUAGUUCUUAUGAUUGAAAAAAUCAAGUCACUUCAGCGGAAAUAUCCUGAGCUUUGUGUAAUGGGCUUCCAUUCUGGAAAUUCGAUUGGAUAUGCCGCUGUUCAAGCUUACCUUAUUGAAUUGAUAAUGAAGGAGUACAUAACAUUUCCCAUUCUAUUGUCCAACAAGAACUUUUUAGAGAUGGAAAAUGGAGCAUGCUAUAUUUUAUUCAGAGAUUCUAGGAGUCCUGUUAUUUAUCAUGAGAAGGAUUUGGAUCUUGGAAUGCUUAAUAAAGGAAUUGAGGAGCUAAACGUGCAACAGAUUGGGAAUGUUGACAAUGAAAAUUAUAGUUCAUACAAGUUGAAGAGCACUUGGGUGAAACAAGCUGAAGGCAUUAAGGAACCAGAUUUUCCCUCUUCUCUGCAAAAUAUGCUCCUCUACUUCCCAGGCUGCAUCUCUGCAGAUGAAAGUAGUGAUCGCUUAUUCCUUUCCGACAGCAAUCAUCAUCGGAUUAUCAUAUUGGAUGGGAAUGGAAAGAUUAUGGACUGUAUUGGUUCAUCCCCAGGUUUUGAGGAUGGAGAAUUUGAGUCUGCCAAACUACUGCGACCUGCUGGUUCCUUUUAUCAUGAUGCUGAGGAUUGCCUAUAUAUUGUAGAUUCGGAGAACCAAGCUAUCCGGAGAGCUGAUAUGAAGAGGCGAGUUUUAGAGACUCUUUAUCCCACUUGUAGUGUCAAUAAAAAUAAUAGUGUAUGGACCUGGAUUGCAAAUAAAGUGGGUUUUGCAACGAAGAUUGAUUCGAAGUCCAAAGAAUUUGAUUCCCAAUUGCUGGUUUUCCCCUGGCAUCUUUUGAAAUCAGUAGAUGAUAGUUUCUUAAUCAUCAACCGCAGCUUUGAAACCCUAUGGAUCAUGGAUUUGGCUUCGGGAGAAAUAAAAGAAUGUAUCAAAGGAUUUCCCAAGAUCUUGGAGACCUAUGGACAGUUGAUCAUGGAUAAAGUAUCCCUCUUGAAACAGAUGCCAAGUGAUUGGCUGCAGCGUUGUAUUAAUGCUGAUUCCUCUCCAAAGGUUUUUCCAUUUGCUAGUCUAAUAUCAGCUGUAACAACCUUUCAUAAUCUCAUAGUUGUGUGUGACACAGUUGCACAGAGGGUGCUGAAACUAGAUAGAGAAUCAGGAGUCUGUUCAAACUUCCAGUUUUCAAAUUUUGGGAUCCUUGGAUUUCCUUAUUGGGCAUCCUUUCAUUUGGAGAGAGUUUUUUCUGAAGCUCCAUGCCGCAGAGGAUGGACUGAUCAUCUUCAAUCUUUCAGCUCGUUGCCAGGUAGGAUUGACAUACGGUUAAAUGUUGAUAUCCCUAUGGAUGUAGAGCUUGUUGAACCAUUGCAAAAAGAAUGUAUAUGGCGUCAGGCAAGGGGGGCUGCUACUGAAGUUUUAGGAAGAGAGUGUAUAGAGGGAUCCUCAGAGAAGGUUGGUGUUGCCCAACAGUGGUAUGAUGAUUUGGAUAAUCUGGCCUUUUCAACUCCUGAAUAUGAGAUUACGGGUGAAGACGGUAAUACAACUUCAGAUGUCAAAUCUGAAGAUGGAAGGGUUCACAUUGAUUGUGCCAUUAACACAAGUCCUGGAACAAGUGAGGUUAUUAUAUAUGCGGCAUUGUAUCUGAAACUUAGAGGAGAUCCUGAUUUACACGCCGACAGUCGGGAGAAUUAUGCAGCAAGAAUAACUGAUAUUUUGAAUCCAGGGAGGAUAACAGGAAUUAGAAGAGAUGCAUGCAUUCAACUGUUAAAAUCGAAUGCCGAUCUGAGGGACCUCACUUUUAUGAAGCCUUUACAUGUGAGGAUCAAAUUGGAUUGUGUUGAUCACCCAAAAGCAGAUAAUGGAAAAGAUAUCAUCUUGACCAAUUCCUCCUUGGAAGUCAAUGUAACACUUUAGACGUGAAAAUUGCUGCUGUUGCUGACAGGUACAAUACAAUGGUUGUGAUAUUGGCUUCAUUUGCACUUGGAGCUGGAAUCAGGGUGUUGCACUCAUGGCUGAAUGCAUCUUCAGUUUCUUAUGUACUAUUACUAACAUUAUAUGUUAUUAAUUGAAACAAUACAAUACAAUACAAUGGUUGUGAUAUUGGCUUCAUUUGCACUUGGAGCAGGAACCAGGGUGUUGCACUCAAUGGCUGAAUGCGUCUUCAGUUUGUUAUGUACUAUUACUAACUUUAUAUGUUAUUAAUUGAAACGAAACCUUAAUAAAUAAAUUAGUAUAAAUUGUCUA